AUGUCGAUCGUGGGCGACGACGAAGCACAGACAAUAUCUGCCGCCGGAUAUAAGCCGAAGACGCCCGCCAACAAGGAAGAACCACCGAACACCGUGCAAAAAACAAGAAAGCGAGGGGUCGCACAUGUGCAGCCCAUGUCGACGACCGAGAUCUGCAUUGGCCUACUAGACCUGCGAAACGAAGUGGCUGCCAUGAGAAAGGAGCAGAGAGAAGAAAGAGCCAGCAGGAGACAGCAACUAGACAGGAACGAAGCCAUGUUCAAGGACCUGGUGGAUGCGUAUGUCGGCAUGACAACAACGGUAAAGGAGCUGAAGGCGGAAGUCACAGACAAGUUGAAGAACGAAGUAGUCGACAUUAAGAAGAAGUUAGAUACGAUUGCGCACAGAUACGAAAUCACGAAGCGCACGAAGCCAACCGCCGACCAACGUUCGAUCUCAACUACAAGGGAAAGAAGUAAGGGUGCGGUACAGAGAACGGGCAGAUCCACUGAUGAGCAAGAAAAGAAGCCUUUAAACUUGUCAACCCCGCUACCAUGGAAUCGAGUAGCGGGAGCGAGAACCACUGUGACGCGUGUAGGGCGCAAGAACGACCCGAUAAUCAUAAACGAAGAGGCGAUCAAGCCGGAGGAUGUAGCCACACCAAUGGUGGAAGUCGAGAUCGACCAGCAAGACAAGAAGGCGCUCUGGGAGCCAAGACCCCCGCAGACUGUAGAAGUAACUGCGGUCACUCUGGACAGGGUGAAGCCACGCAACCUCUUUCCGGCAAAGGAGUGGAGAAAGCUGCUCAAGAAGCAUGGGAUCCACCCCAUUGCGAUCUGGUUCCCGUGGAGAACAUCAGUAGAGAUACUGAUAAGAACAGGAGAGCUCACGACGAUGCACAGCCUAGCGAAGGCAAUGGGCCGGGAGGCCCAGGUAUUAGACCCAGCAAAGAGGAAGGACGGGCAGGCGCUACCCCUCACACAGGCGGCACUGAUGACGUCCAUAAACAUACGGCUACGAGACCUAGAAUCACCAGGAGGCUAA